GCGAGGAGGGCGGGCGGGAGGCGGAUCCUCCUACCUGGGGCGCGCUCGCUCGCUCGCGGCUCGCUUGCCGGGGCCGCGAGUCACCUGGGGAGGCCGACAAGUGCGGACACAUUGGCCGCCGCGGCGCUCGGCGAGGCGCGCACGGCCUCAGGCGGCUGCGCCCAGUGGAGGCUGCACCCGCCCGCCAGCCGCGCCCCGGCCCCUGGCCCGCGCUUGCAGGGGCCCACGGUCGCUCAACCCGGCUUCGAGGUUGCGGCACCCAGCCUGGGUCACUUCCCCGGGCGCACGCGGCGGCUUCGGCGGCGGCGGCGGCGGCGGCGGCAUCCCGGGCUCACCAUGGUGGCAGCGCGCGCCGAGUGCCCGCGCGUAGCCGGCCGCCCGAGCCGCAGCGCCGGUUGAGCGCGAUCUGCCCGCAGCCCCCUGGCCCCUGCCGGGCCCGCGCGUCCCCUCCGGCCGCCGCUGUCUAUGGCGCAGCCCCCCUCCCUGGAUCAUGCACAGAAACUUUCGCAAGUGGAUUUUCUACGUGUUUCUCUGCUUUGGCGUCCUCUACGUGAAGCUCGGAGCACUGUCAUCCGUGGUGGCCCUGGGAGCCAACAUCAUCUGCAACAAGAUUCCUGGCCUCGCCCCGCGGCAGCGUGCCAUCUGCCAGAGCCGACCCGAUGCCAUCAUUGUGAUCGGGGAGGGGGCGCAGAUGGGCAUCAAUGAGUGCCAGUACCAGUUCCGCUUCGGACGCUGGAACUGCUCUGCCCUUGGCGAGAAGACCGUCUUCGGGCAAGAGCUCCGAGUAGGGAGCCGCGAGGCUGCCUUCACCUACGCCAUCACCGCGGCUGGCGUGGCGCACGCCGUCACCGCGGCCUGCAGCCAAGGCAACCUGAGCAACUGCGGCUGCGACCGCGAGAAGCAGGGCUACUACAACCAGGCGGAGGGCUGGAAGUGGGGCGGCUGCUCGGCCGACGUGCGCUACGGCAUCGACUUCUCCCGGCGCUUCGUGGACGCGCGGGAGAUCAAGAAGAAUGCGCGGCGCCUCAUGAACCUGCACAACAACGAGGCGGGCAGGAAGGUCCUGGAGGACCGGAUGCAGCUGGAGUGCAAGUGCCACGGCGUGUCCGGCUCCUGCACCACCAAGACCUGCUGGACCACGCUGCCCAAGUUCCGCGAGGUGGGCCACCUGCUGAAGGAGAAGUACAACGCGGCGGUGCAGGUGGAGGUGGUCCGCGCCAGCCGCCUGCGGCAGCCCACCUUCCUGCGCAUCAAGCAGCUGCGCAGCUAUCAGAAGCCCAUGGAGACGGAGCUGGUGUACAUCGAGAAGUCGCCCAACUACUGCGAGGAGGACGCGGCCACGGGCAGCGUGGGCACGCAGGGCCGCGUCUGCAACCGCACCUCGCUGGGCGCGGACGGCUGUGACACCAUGUGCUGCGGCCGCGGCUACAACACCCACCAGUACACCAAGGUGUGGCAGUGCAACUGCAAGUUCCACUGGUGCUGCUUCGUCAAGUGCAACAGCUGCAGCGAGCGCACCGAGGUCUUCACCUGCAAGUGACGGCCCGGCCACCCCCGCGUCGCGCGCGUCCUCGCCUUCCCUGCCUUGGCGCUGCCAGCGGCAGGCAGGGGCGGGUGCAAGCAGGAGCUCCAGGUGCAGGAGGGCGCCGGCCAGGGUCCACGUCCUCUGCCCGCCUCCCUGGGGCUCCCUCCUGCCCCCUCCUCCCACCUCCUGCGGCAGAACGGCCGCCGCGACUCACCGAGAGAGCGAGGCCGGGGGUCCCGGGGCUCCCCGCCGGGGCCCAGCAGGUUCCCUUCCUUCUCUCUGGGAAAGUGAACCUCCAGGACACACGUGUAUCCCAGAGAGCAAAGUGACGACGACGAGACUGAGCGUCCCCUGCCCCACCUGGCGGCACGGACACAGAACAGCUACGGCUGGCUGGCCCUUCCAGACCAUUUCGCAGGCCGGGUCUGCCACUGGGCCCGGGGGCAGUGGGGACAGAUGUUGACACGCGUUAUUUAUGUUUUCUUAGUAUCAGAAGAGGAUUCUCAGCGCCAAUUCGUAGCCAAUCCUAACUCCGCCCUCCAUGUCAGCCCAUCCCCUCGCCGCCCCGCCCGCCAGCCCUCUGCCCUGCAGAGCUGAGGCCACCUGGGGUUAGUGGGGACCACAUGGUGCCUGUGGGUCCUAGGAGUGAGCUGGGCAGGGGCUCGGUGGAACGCACAGCCCUGACCGGGCCUUGGAAGACAGUCAUGGACAGCCUCUUCCAGGCCGUUUUCCCUUCUUUUGAAAAUCCUAUCGAUGGCCGGGAUCGCCUAUCAUCCCAGCACUUUGGGAGACCGAGGCAGGCAGAUCACCUGAGGUCAGGAGUUCCGGACCAGACUUGCCAACACAGUGAAACCCGGUCUCUACUGAAAAUACAAAAAUUAGCCAGGCAUGGUGGUACAUGCCUGUAGUCCCAGCUACUCGGGAGGCUGAGGCAGGAAGAUCGCUUGAACCCGGGAGGUAGAGGUUGCAACAAGCCAAGAUCACACCACACUGCACUCCAGCCUGGGUGACAGAGCAAAAAAAAAAAAGAGAGAGAGAGAGAGAAAAUAAUGUCAAGCAAAUCAAAAUGUCACCCACAUCAGGUUCCAGGAGUACCUCGACCCUGCCCUCAUCCUGUCAUCCUACCAGCCUGGUACCUCCAGUUUACAGAGCCCCCCCAUCCCCCUGGAGCCAGCCUGACCCAUGGGACAGUGCUGCCACGGGGUGGGCCGGCAAGGGACCUGUGGUCGGGGAUGUGCGUCCCAUGUGACAGAUGGGACUCUGAGGCUCCGAGUGGCACAAGAACCUGCCAGAGACCCUGCAGCUUCGAGCAGAGGCUCGCACCUUGGCUCCUGCCCAGCCCGGGGCUCUGACCCGGGAGAGCACAGCAGGACCUCCAGGGUGACAGGAGGUGACUCCCAUGCCUUGAAGCACUCAGCUGCUCCCUUCGCCCCCGACAGCCUCACUGGGGUCUGCACUCCCCUCGGUGCCUUUGAGGGUUUGCAUAGCCUCGUCCCGGUCCUUUUACCCUGAUCCUGAUGCUGAGAAAAUCUGGAUCCAGGGAAGGUCGUGUUCUUUCUAGACGCUUCCACCCAUGUUUCUGAGGAGCUUAAGUGACAGAGGGAGGAACCCAUCCGAGGCCAGAGAGGAUGGUCUGCGGCUGGCUGCUGCUGCGCCCUCCACUGCCCGAGGCCUGGCCCCCAGUUGAGGGCGGGUUCUCCUGAAAGCCCUUGGAAAUGUGUUCUUGAGCAGCUGACACGCCGAGCGGCCUGGACUCAGCCUGGGGCAAGUGACUUCCUCCUGGGCCCCAGCCCUGUGGUCCUACCCAUGUGCCCCUAACCACGCCUGGACCCUAACCAAGCCUCCGGGCCACCGUGAAUGCCCCACCCUCAGCCUGGCCCCAUCCGCUCACCUACCCCAAGUCCCAGAACACCCCCCCCCAAGUCUGUAGGCCCGGCACUCUCUGCAAGGAACCUGGUUAACUUAUGUUAUAUAGCGUCGAAAUGUCUAUAAUGUCUUUAAAUUAUUGUGACCUACACUGGGUACCGGAGAGGGGGAUGGCUGCGGCCCCCAUCCCCCAUCCCAUCCCCCAUCCCAUCCCCC